AUGUGCAAGGAGGCAGAGGAUUCGCAUGCAGUGAGUAUGAGGCGAUUUUCACAGAACCAGACAAGCACGCUCCCUUCUGGAUGCCGUGAGGAGCACAAAAGAAUUGUAUAUGUAUCUCAUCCGACAAUGCCUGACAAGAAGAUCAAGUACCGCCUAUGCUACACAAAGUCCAGCAGCCAAGACUUGGAAAACAACGAGAUUCUGCGGAUCGAGAUUUCCCACGACCUGGAGAAUCUGGUACACUACAUCAGGAAGAUCCUGGACUACCACAAGUUUAGGAAGCUCAGGAUAUAUGUGAGGUACAGCGAGUUUCUGAAGCUCCACGAGGAAAUAGAGAAAGUCAGCAACGACCUGUUUACCUGCAACUAUAACUUCAAGUUCAGCUUCAUUCCAAGCAGCUACAGGGACGAUGAGUAUGUACUUCUCUACGAAAUAGAGGGAAUAAGAAGGGGAGAGCACUAUGGAUAA